UGUGUGGAAUUUGGGAAAUGAAAUGUAGCGAAAAACCCAAAGAAGGAAGGAAGCGGGGGGCCACCUUGUCUCCGCGCCCCGUGCCCACGCCCUUUUAAUUGGGCCGGGUCUGUUUCUUGCGGGGAGGGGGCGGGCACGGGCCUGGGGAGGGGGGGAGGGGGCACCCGGGGCAGCAUGAGGGGAGCCGGGGCCACGGAAGCCACGGAAGCCGCCAAGUCGGAGCCCAAGGCAAGCGGCGCCGUCCCCGCUUUGCCUGCCGCCUGAGGCUCAGAGAGAAAGAAAAGAAGGAAGGAAGGGAAGAAGGAAGGAAGGAGAGAAGAAGGGAGGGGGCGGAGCGGAGAGCCCCACCCCCGUCCCCACCCAGCCCAGGUCGGGAAGCGGCGGAAGGCGGAGGAGAAGAAGGAGAAGAAAGAGAGGAAGAAGGAGGCACAAAGCCCGCAGGCAUGAGUGAGUCAGUCCUUUGCACGACUCGGGCCACGGUGAUGCUCUACGAUGACGCCAACAAGAAGUGGGUGCCGGCCGGAACGGGACCACAGGUCUUUAGCCGUGUCCAGAUCUACCACAGUCCGGCCAACAACACCUUCCGGGUCGUGGGGCGCAAGAUGCAGCCGGACCAACAGGUGGUCAUCAACAGUCCGAUUGUGAAAGGGCUGAAGUACAACCAGGCCACACCCAACUUCCACCAGUGGCGCGAUGCCCGCCAGGUCUGGGGGCUCAACUUUGGCAGCAAAGAGGAUGCCGGGCAAUUUGCUGGAGGGAUGAUGCACGCCCUGGAAAUUCUGGAUUCGGGGAAUUCGGCACCGGCGCGGCCUGUCCAAAAUGGCCCCCCUGCGGACGAAAUGGCCGAGCAACAGAAAAGGCAGCAGUUGGAGAGGGAACAACAGGAGCAGACCGAGAGGGAACGGAGGGUGACCAUUGCAGCUUCUCCGGCCACCCCUUCGGCAGCAGGACCCCCGCCUCCUCCGGGACCCCCGCCGGCACCGCCAUGCCCACCUCCCGGACCUCCGCCGCCAGGGCCCUCGGGGCCGCCUCCUCCUCCGGGGCCCCCUCCGCCCCCCGGGCCUCCGCCGGGGCCCCCGCCACCUGCUUCAGGGGGAGGGCCGCCCCCCGCCCCGCCCCUCCCGCCCCCCCAGGGGCCGCCCAAAGGGCCCGGGGCCCCCACCGGAUUGGCCGAGGCCCUCGCCGGAGCAAAGCUCAAGAAGGUUGGCAAGGAGGAGGGACCAAAGGCAGCCCCCGCCGGAGCCCCCGCUCCCAGCUCUUCAGGGGGAGGCGGACUCAUGCAGGAAAUGAGCGCCAUGUUGGCACGACGGAGGAAAGUUGCAGAACAGACGGAAAAAUCCGUUCCAAAGAAAGACGAUGGCCUGACACAGCAAGAUGACGCAGAAGCUGGUGCCAAGACCACAGACUCCUUCCGAAGGCCUUGGGAGAAAACCAGCACAACGCUACCCAGGAAGACAGUGGCCCCGAAGAGCUUCGUCCCUCCGGCCCCGUCGCGUCCUCAAGUCGGCCAGUUUAGAAUGAAAUCGGCUGGAGCUGUAACCGCUUCAGAGCCUGCCGUCGUCGGUGGAGGGGAUGAAUCGGAGUUGGAACGGGUCAAACAGGAACUUCUGCAUGAGGUCCGGCGUGAACUACAGAAGGUGAAAGAGGAGAUCAUUCAGGCGUUUGUCGCGGAGCUACGGAAACGGGGGUCCACUUAGCCUCGCCGCCAUUUCCCUUAAGAACGCAGCAAACAAACAAAGAAACAAACAAAAAAAGAGAAUAAAAAUCGAAGAAAAACGAAACAGAGGAAAAAGAAAUCCCACUUCCCACCCCCACAGCUCCUUCCCCCAAAUGCACCAAAAGAGCUCCAUUGCACCCCUUCAAAGCCUUGGACCCCCAGCAUCUUCCCCAUGCAAUUUGGGGAGAGGGGCCAUUCCCCCCACUUUCCACGCCCCGUCCCCAGAAUCCCAGGACGGGCAGGUCCCCCGCCUGUGCCUUACCCACAAGCAAUAGCAGCUUCCCUUGGAGAAUCUCCGGGGCCGCUUCCCUGGAGGAACUGGCCCUUCCCCGCCAAGACCCCCAACCCAAUUCCAGACCCCGAAUCAAGACACUGUGCCAUUCCGUAGCUUUGUCAUCGUCAUGGUUAAUAUUUCCCUGGAGGAGAGUUAUAGGCUAGCAAAGGGGUCUUCGGAGGAACCCUUCGUUCGUUGCAUCCGCACUUCGGGAUUCUGGCACCGCUUUCACUGUCAUGGCUUAAUUGAAUGCUGGGAGUUGUAGUUUCCUGGGGGUCUUUUUUCUCUCUCCAUCUGCACCUACACUGCCGAGAGUUGUAGUUUCCUGGGGUCUUUUUUUUUCUCCAUCUGCAUCUACACUGUUGAAAGCUGUAGUUUCCCAGGGUCUUUUUUUUCUCCAUCUGCACCUACACUGCUGAGAGUUGGAGUUUCCCAGGGUCUUUCUAUUUUUUUCUCCAUCUGCACCUACACUGCUGAGAGUUGGAGUUUCCCAGGGUCUUUCUAUUUUUUUCUCCAUCUCCAUCUACACUGCUGAGAGUUGUAGUUUCCCAAGGUCCCUUCCCCCCUCUGGCUCCAUCUGCACUGUCAAAUUAUUGCAGUUUGGUGCUGCUUUCACUCUCGUGGCUUAAUUGAAUGCUGGGAGUUGUUGUUUCCCAGGGUCUUUUUCUCUCUCUCCAUCUGCACCUACACUGCUGAGAGUUGGAGUUUCCCAGGGUCUUUCUAUUUUUUUCUCCAUCUGCAUCUGCUGAGAGUUGUAGCUUCCCAAGGUCCCUUCCCCCCUCUGGUUCCAUCUGCACUGUCAAAUUAUUGCAGUUUGGUGCUGCUUUCACUGUCAUGGCUUAAUUGAAUGCUGGGAGUUGUAGUUUCCCAAGGUCUUUCUAUUUUUUUUCUCCAUCUACAUCUACACAGCUAAGAGUUGUAGUUUCCCAGGGUCUUUCUAUAUUUUUUCUCCAUCUGCAGCUACACUGCUGAGAGCUGUAGUUUCCCGGGAUCUUUUUUUCUCUCCAUCUGCAUCGACACUGCUGAGAGUUGUAGUUUCCCAGGGUCUUUCUAUUUUUUUUCUCCAUCUACAUCUACACAGCUAAGAGUUGUAGUUUCCCAGGGUCUUUCUAUUUUUUUUCCUCUAUCUACAUCUACACAGCUAAGAGUUCUAGUUUCCCAGGGUCUUUCUAUUUUUUUUUUCUCCAUCUGCAGCUACACUGCUGAGAGCUGUAGUUUCCCGGGAUCUUUUUUCCUCUCCAUCUGCAUCGACACUGUUGAGAGCUGUAGUUUCACAGGAUUUAUUUUCCUCUCCAUCUGCAUCUACACUGCUGAGAGCUGUAGUUUCCCGGGAUCUUUUUUUCUCUCCAUCUGCAUCUACACUGUUGAGAGCUGUAGUUUCAUGGGAUUUAUUUUCCUCUCCAUCUGCAUCUACACUGCUGAGAGCUGUAGUUUCCCAGGGUCUUUCUAUUUUUUCCCCUCCAUCUGCAUCUACACUGCUGAGAGUUGUAGUUUCCCAGGGUCUUUCUUUUUUCUCUCUCCGUCUGCAUUUACAUUACUGAGAGUUGUAGUUUCCCAGGGUCUUUCAUUUUUUUUCUCCUUCUGCAUCUACACUGCUGAAUGAAUGCAGUUCAGCACUGCUUUCACUGCCAUGGCUCAAUGCAAUCGAAUGCUGGGAACCGUAGUUUUUCAAGGUCUUUUCCCCCCUCGACCUGCAUUUACACUGCCAAAGGAAUGCAGUUUAGCACCACUUUCAUUGCCAUGGCUCAGUGCGAUGGAAUGCUGAGAGUUGUAGUUUCCCAAGGUCCCUUUUCUUCUCUGGCUCCAUCUGCACUGUCAAAUUAUUGCAGUUUGGUGCUGCUUUUUCUGCCGUGGCUCCAUGCAGUUGAAUGCUAGGAGUUAUAGUUUCCCAAGAUCUUUCUUUCCCUAUCCCUCCUCCAUCUGCAUCUACACUGCCAAAGGAAUGCAGUUAUUGCACUGCUUUCAUUGCCAUGGCCCAAGCAGUGAAAUGCUGGGAGUUGUAGUUUCCCAAGAUCUUUAAUUUUUUUUCCUCCACCUUGUGAUAGAAUGCUAGGAGUUGUAGUUUUCCAACAUCCUUUUUUUUCUUCAUCUGCAUCUUUACUGCCAAAGGAAUGUAGUUAUUACACUGCUUUCAUUGCCAAGGCUCAUGGAGUGGAAUGCUGGAAGUUAUAGUUUCCCAAGUUCUUUCAUUUCUUCCCUUUCGCUGCAUCCAUGCUGUCAAAGGAAUGCAGUUUGACAUUCAUGGCCUGGCUCCAUCUUAUGGGAUGAUGGGAUUUGUAGUUUAGUCAAGUACCAGUAUUGCUGUAGCUUUUUUAAGCCACUUUCUUUUUGGGUUGAUCACAUCAUUUGCAUCCCAUUAUCCUCCAACUGUUGGUUGAAUAAAAUCAAUUCAGACUUGCCACCAAAGGAAAGUAUGCGAAAGGCCUUCUGGAACUACAACUCCCAUGAUUCUGGUUCGCCCGCCCAAAGAGUUACGUAUCUCUUUCAUAUCAGCUGUAAAGUUCUUUCUCAUUGCUCUCAAUUCAUCCAAAGUUUGGGUUCAGUUCUUUCUUGUUGACCCACAAAUGCUCUGCUUUGCAAAGAGUGUGGAUGUCUCAGUCAAACUGCAACUCCCACGGAUCCAUAGCAAGGAGCCAUGGCAGUUCAAGUGGCGUCAAACUGAGUUAAUCCCACAGUGCGGAUGCAUUGCCUCCAAUCAAAAUGGAAAUUUAUUUCCUAACGGUAGGGUUGGCAAUCCUGCUGGCCAUAGGAUUUGAACCUACCAAGACUUUUCUUGUCUUCCUUUAUGGCUGGAUCUACACUGCCAUAUAAAGCAAUUCGAAAUUAUUAUAUGGGUCUUGACUGACCAUAUGAUGCAUUGACCAUAUAAUACAUUAUAUGGGUCUGCACUGACCAUAUGAUGUAUUAUAUGGGUCUUCACUGACCAUAUGAUGCAUUGUGUGGGCCUUCAAUGAUCAUAAUACAUUAUAUAGGUCUGUAUUGACCAUAUAAUGCAUUAUAUGGAUCUGUACUGAUCAUAUAAUGCAUUGUAUCUUCACUGACCAUAUUUGCCUGCAUUGACCAUAUAACACAUUAUAUGGGUCUGCCCUGACUAUAUGAUGCAUUAUAUGGGUCUAUACUGCCCACAUGAUGCAUUACAUGUGUCUUCAUUGACCAUAUGAUGCAUUAUAUGGGUCAGUGUUGGGCCAUAUAAUGCAUUCUAUCUUCACUGACCAUAUGAUGCAUCAUAUUUGCCUGCAUUGACCAUAUAACACAUUAUAUGGUCUGCCCUGACUAUAUGAUACAUUAUAUUGGUCUGUACUGGCUAUGUGAUGCAUUAUAUGGAUCUACACUGGCUAUAUGAUACAUUAUAUGGGUCUAUACUGCCCACAUAAUGCAUUAUAUGGGUCUGCACUGACCAUAAUACAUUAUAUGGGUCUGUACUGACCACAUGAUGCAUUAUAUGGGUCUGCACUGGCCAUAUGAUGCAUUAUAUGGAUCUACACUGGCUAUGUGAUACAUUAUAUGGCUCUAUGCUGAUCACAUAAUGCAUUAUAUAGGCCUGCACUGACCAUAUGAUGCAUUAUAUGGGUCAGUGUUGGCCAUAUAAUGUUUUGUAUCUUCACUGACCAUAUGAUGCAUCAUAUUUGUCUGCAUUGACCAUAUAACACAUUAUAUGGGUCUGCCCUGACUAUGUGAUGCAUUAUAUGGGUCUGUACUGGCUAUAUGGUGCAUUAUAUGGAUCUACACUGGCUAUGUGAUACAUUAUAUGGCUCUAUACUGGCUAUACGGUGCAUUAUAUGGAUCUACACUGGCUAUAUGAUACAUUAUAUGACUAUACUGGCUAUAUGGUGCAUUAUAUGGAUCUACACUGGCUAUGUGAUACAUUAUAUGGCUCUAUACUGGCUAUAUGAUGCAUUAUAUGGAUCUACACUGGCUAUGUGAUACAUUAUAUGGCUCUAUACUGGCUAUAUGGUGCAUUAUAUGGAUCUACACUGGCUAUGUGAUACAUUAUAUGGCUCUAUACUGGCUAUAUGAUGCAUUAUAUGGAUCUACACUGGCUAUAUGAUGCAUCAUAUGGGUUUGUACUGGCCAUAUGAUGCAUUAUAUGGAUCUACACUGGCUAUAUGAUACAUUAUAUGGCUCUAUGCUGACCUCAUGAUGCAUUAUAUGGGUUUGUACUGACCAUAUAAUACAUUAUAUAGGUCUUCACUGACCAUAUUCUGCAUUGUAUGGAUCUACAAUAACCAUAUAUUACAUUAAAUGGGUCUAUGCUGUCCAUAUGAUGCAUUGUAUGGGUUAACACAGAUUCAAACUGCAUUAUAUGCCAGUGUAGCUGGGGCCUCGGACUCAAGAGGAAAGGCAUCCAAUGGAUUUCCUUGUAUUAUUAAGAGACCAAAGGAGAGACCUCUUAGCUGUGAACCCGCUAAAAUGGGGCCAAAAAUUUGAAACCUACAACUUGCCGGCUACCAACCCGUUCCCCACAGAAGCCCCAUAGCUACUCCAGUCCUGUCCCCUUUGCUACUCCUAGGUGUAUCUCUUCUUACCCCACUUCACACACACAUACUGCUGUUGUCUCUCGGGUUUUUUUGUAAUAUUUUUAUUCUUUUUCUUUGACAUACAGAGAUGGGGUCCUCCUUCAAAGAUUUUAUCUCCUGCCCCGAAUCUCUGGGUCCUUUUUUAAAAGAACCUUCCUGCCCAUUUCUUGACCAGGGCCUUUGGCUUUUCUACUUGAGCUGUAAUAAUUAUUUCUUUUUGGAUUUUUAUUUUAGGAUUUUUCGUUCGUUGUUCUUGAGCUGGAUGGAAUAUUAUAUUUUGAUUGUUUUUUUUUUUUAAAAAAGAAAUUAUUAUUAUUAUUAUUGUUAUUAUUAUUAUUAUUAUGACCGAUCUGCUGGGUGUUUCUAGCCUCAAUUUCUACUCACUUUCUUUCCUUUCAACACACACACACACACCGCACUGCACCGGCUCGCUGAGCACACGCACCAAACUUCUCUAGGAAUGAAAUUGUUUUUUUUUUUCCCUUCCUUUUUUGUAAAAUUGCAAAAAAAAAUAAUAAUAAUCCAA